CUUUUUAAGUCAAUUUCUGUAAAACGCAAUUUUUUCGAUAAUUUAUUUUCAAUUAUUUCUCUACGAAAACAGUUGAAAUCUUUCACAUUAUUGGCAAUAUUGGUGUAAACUAACCUAAACAUGUUCUAAGACGUUUUUAAUUUAAGUGUUAACAAAUUAAUACCUUCAAUGUUUGGGAUAAAGAAUGAUUGGCUACCUUCAACCAGAACUGGAUUUUGAAAAUGAAAACGAAAAAAUAUGCCAUCAAGAAGCUACCGAAAUGGAAGCAGAAGAAAACCAAACAACACUAAUUAUACUACUAGACUCCUUGCUAAAGAAAACAUUCCUAUUAUUGAUAAAGCAUUAUACAAUCAAGUUUAUCCCUCACGUUCCACUUCUAACACUCAAAUACAAUAUGGUUUGACAGAAACUGAACUAAACAAUCUACCCCAACCGAACUAUAGAUUAAUUCCGGAAUAUUUCAUUCAUGAUAUGCCAAACAAGCCAGAUCAUUAUAUCCUCUUCAAACCGUCAACAUUUGACGAAAUUGAUUCAAAAGUGGAGUACGACAUGGAUGAUGAAGAUGUUGCAUGGUUGGGACUUUUGAAUGAAAAGAGAAAUUUAGCAAAUAUGAACAGUGUCGACACAAAAAUAUUUGAGUUUUUGAUGGAUCGCUUUGAGAAGGAAUCCAGAUUUGAAAGGAAAACCUAUUUUGAUGGAAAGCAGGUUGAAGAAAUAUCUGAUGAUGAGGCAGUGUGUUACAUCUGCACAGGUGGAAUGAGUUAUGUAUCGAAUGAAAUACUGUUCUGUGACAUGUGCAACGUAGCAGUUCACCAAGAGUGCUAUGGUGUACCGUAUGUCCCCGAGGGAGAGUGGCUGUGCAGGCGGUGUUUUCACUCCCCAUCCCAACUUCUUUGUUGUGUCCUUUGCCCAAAAGCCUCCGGAGCAUUCAAACAAACAGAUCGUGGAUUCUGGUGCCAUAUACUCUGUGCAAUUUGGAUUCCAGAGGUACAGUUCUCCAAUUCUAUAUUUUUAGAUCCAAUAUGCUGUAUUGAAAGAAUUCCAUCUUCAAGGUGGAAUUUGGUAUGCAGUAUCUGUAAAAGUAAGGAUAUUGGGGCUUGUGUUAGGUGCAAGUACAGAACAUGCUCUAUAGCUUUUCAUGCUACAUGUGCCCAACAAGCAGGAUAUGCUAUGGUAAUGAAGUUGAAUUCUUCUGGCUAUAAGAAACAACGAGUUCAUGGUAUAUUCUGUCCCAAACACAAACCAAGAGAAGAAUCCCAAUGUGAUUGUGAGAACACUAAUCAUAUGAACACUUUAAAGUCUCACGUAGCCCAAAGCUUAUGCUCAAAUAUAGUUUUAGUCCCUCAAAUACCAAUUGAAAAGAUCAAGGAGAUUAGUGAUCUUGUGGACUUUGAGAGGAAAAAUAUUUUUAUUCGAAAGCUUUUGGCAUACUGGGCCUUGAAAAGGCAUCUUCGAAAGGGAGUUUCAAUGAUACCUUCAAAAUGCAUGUGUUUAGAACAAGAGCAUAUAAAAGUGACAAAUUCUGAUGCUUCUAAAAAAGAUAUAAACAUAAAUGUUGAAUGUUCUGAGGUACAGGAGGAAAAAAAUACAGAAGAUGAUACCACUAGAAAAACAAAGAAGUACCAAGAACUAUGGCGAUUUCGUCAAGAUUUAGAAAAAGUUCGUCUUUUAUGUGAAUUAAUACGGAAAAGAGAAAAGCUAAAGAAUGAACUUGCAUUGGUAAAAUAUAAAUGCUUAGAGUUCCAGUUUGCUCCAUUGAUUAUAUAUUUAAGAAAAUUCACCGAAAACUUGAUAAAAUUAGAUACAGAUAAUUUGUUCUCUAAAGCUGUAGAUGGUUCUGAAGCAGUAAGCGCAAAACCAACAGAUUUUGUUCAAAUUAGAAACAAAGUUGAUACCUUUCAGUAUUCAAGCCUUGAGGAAUAUGAAAGUGAUUUUCAGGCAAUGAUUUCAAGCCGUAUCACAUGUUAUGCAAAAAGAACUAAAAUAUACAAAUCUGCUUCAAAAUUGAAGGAAAAUAGUAGAGAAAAAUUCCUGAUGGCUUACAGAGAUGUUGCAGAUUUAAAGAAAAUGAACAGCGAACGAAAUGAGGAAUCAGAGAAUGAUUUGCCAGAACCACUAUCGCCUCAAAUAAAAUCUGAACCAUAUGAAAAUCUUUCUGCUUCGGAAUUCGCUACAGAAAUAGACUACUAUGGUGAUGACCCAUGCCCCUCAACAAGCUCAUAUAAUCCGGCAACAAAUAAAAGGAAACACGGAGAAAAUCAUUGUAAUUCUGAACAGUUGAUACAAAAUUUGAGCAAUGAUAUCAAAGAAGAGCCUGUUGAAAUUUGCCAGAAAAAAUCAAAUGUCAGAGCUAAUGUGGAAAAAAAGAAGAAAAAAUCUAAGAGACCAAACAUUAAGAAGAAGAGAACUGUUACUAAAAAGGAAAGCAGUAAUAAAGUAGUUUUAAGAGAUGAUCCUUUCUCUAAUUGCUCACAAUCCCAACCUGAGGUCAACAGAAGGACAGCAGUAUUGUUCACGAAAAAUAAACCAAAACCAAGAUAUAAACUGUCUCCUACUUCAACUCAUGCUCCCCUUAUCAAACAAGAAAAUAUUUAUUUAUUUGAGGAUUCCGAUUAGAUAACUAUUAAUGAAGUCUGUUUUUACCUCAAGAAAUAUUUUUAUUUAUAUACUAUCUGCUCAGAUUUAAAUUUCUGGGAGGUAUACACAUUAAUUCCUAAAAUGUUGAUGAUCUCAAAUUUGAAUGUUGGAUAUAAAACAGAGAUAUACAAGAAAAAUUCUUCAUGGCCUAUAGAGGUGUUGCAGAUUUGGAUGAGCAGUGAACAAAAUGAGGAAUUUGAGAAUGAUUUAAUUGAACAAUAUCUUUGAAAUAGAAUCUAAAAUAUACAAAAAACCUUUCCCUAGAGAAAUCAACUAUAUUCACAAAACAAGUCGAUAACAAAUAAAAGGAAAUAUGAAGAAAACAAUUGUAAUUCAGAUAAGUUGAUACAAAAUUUGAGCAAUGAUAUCAAAGAAAGGCCUAUAGAAAUUAUUCAUACACAACCAAACAUCUAAAUAACAGUAGAGAAAAAAAUUAAAAUUCUAAGAAGGUAAAGACUGUCACUAGAUGGACUGCGAGUUUGUUUACAAAACCGUAAUAUAAACAGUCUCCUACUUCUCUUCUUCUACUAAUCAAACAAGAUAACUAUUUUUGUUUGUUUGAGUAUACCAAUGGGGUAGUUAUUAAUGAACUCUGUUUUUACUAUAAGAAAUGUUAUUUUUAUGUAGUAUUUGCUCAGCUUCAAAUUGCUGAGUACACACUUUAAUUCCUAAGAUGUUGAUAAUCUGAAUGUUGGCUGUUAGUGUAUUGUUAUUGAUGUUAUUUAUAUCCUUUGAUAUUAUGAAGGUGGGGACCAACAAAUGGCCUUUCACCAUGGAAGAGACACGGUUAAUAUGUGAUCCCAUUUUUCUAAAACAUUUAAUUUUAUAUUCUCUAUCUGGUGUUUUAAAUAUUUUAUAAAUGUUUAGAUGUUUUAAGUAUUUUAUAUGAAUGUCAAUGUUUGACUAAAUAGUUUAAUGUUUAUAUGUAUCUCAAUAUUUUUCUAUGUGUUUGUAUAAAAUAAAUGGUCAUCUGUUAUUUUUAAUAAAGAUGUUCUUAAUUCUGUAAAUAAAAUAAUUUAUGUUGUUAAUGA